AUGCUGCCGGUGCAAGGCGACGUCGGUUCAGGCUAUAAGAAAGAACAAUCGGUAGAGUGGGAGUUCACUAGGUUGGAAUGCCAGAUCUAUACGCCUCGCCUAGACUAUGUAACCCGAUCUCUUCAGUCGGAAGAUAUUCAGCAUCAUAUACAAGGCUACACUUUCAAUUUUCGCAAGCGCUUGUACAUGGUUACCGGCGUGCGCAUUGCACGGGAUUCGCGCAAGACAGAGCGGUUUUCUCAUAGCAUCGGGGCGCACACCAAGGCCGGUCUCGACAUGACCGCUUUUGGGGUACCUAUCACAGCCGGCGUGGAUCCGAGCUUUGAAAAAGAUCGCUAUGGAGCGCAUUCUUUCCAAAACGCGUCUGAUUUUGUCUAUGCUUACCGCUUGGCUGAGAUAUACUACGGAAAGCACUUGUCCGUAACUCCAUACAUGCGUGGAAAUACCUUUGCAUCGGAUCUUCAUUCCAUUGGCGACAACGAGAAGUUCGAGUUUGAUAUCGACGAAGAAGAUGCAGGGGGCGCGCUUGAGCCUGGCGGCAUCAUUGUGGAAGGGAUUGGCGACGAAGACUAUGAUGGAGAUGUUGAAUUACAGAAGUUCUCGUCAGAGAAAGAAGACUAUUAUUUGCCAAGAGGAUGUGAAACGGACGGUACUUCUAUGUUGCAACCCAACUUUUAG